UUGUGAAGCACCAUUGAGAUCUCCUCUACAAAAAGUACACACAUAUAGUCUGCAAUAAGGAAAUUACAAGCAUUCCUUCGUGCUCUCCAAGUAUUCCUGGACAAAGAGGAAGGUCUGACACUCAAUUUGAGCUUUUCAAUCCCCACUUCUAUUUCCUGGAAGAGGCAUUGCGAAAAGUUUCAUUUAGUUUGGCCACUUCUAUCUUUACAAGGACAAAAAGUUACCUCUCCCUACCAUGGAGAUAUGCACCUCUAUUGUGUCAGAGAUUGUGAAGAGCUUUAUCAAUGAAGCAAUUCACCAAGCAAAUUAUCCAUUUCGAUUCAAAAGAUAUGUUAAAGAUCUUGUCAAAGAAAAAGAGAAUCUUUUAGCACAGAAAGAAAGCAUAGAUGGUCGUGUCACAAAAGCCAAACAAGAUGCUCUAAAGAUUGAUAUUCUUGUUACGCAGUGGUUGGAUGAAGCAGAUACUCUCAUAGUUGAUGCAGUGUUGCUGGAAGAGAAGGCCAAGGCAAACAAGAGUUGUUUUUUUGGGCAUUGUCCCAACUGGAUUUGGAGAUGUCAUCUUGCGAAGCAGAUAGAAAAGAAGACAAAGGAAAUGGCUAAUCAAGGAGACAAAUGCAAAUUUGAGCUAUUUGCACGCCCUGCUACACCACCAGACAUAACUUAUUAUUCUUCCAAAGGGUUUUUCUUGUUUGAUAGCACCAAAUCAGCAUAUGGUCAACUUUUGGAGGCAUUGAAAGAUGUUGAUGUUUCCAUGAUUGGAUUGUAUGGAAUGGGUGGUUGUGGCAAAACCACCUUAGCAAAACAAGUUGGUAUAGCGACGAAGGAUCUUUUCAACAGAGUUGUCUUUGUUGUUAUAUCUAGUUCUGUUGAUGUUUCGAGGAUUCAAGAUUCUCUUGCAAGUGAACUAGGUGUCACUCUUAAAGGACAUGACAACCAAGCAAAAGCCAAAAGCUUGUAGUCAAAACUUGAUAAUGCAGGAAAUAUUUUAAUAAUUUUGGAUGAUGUGUGGGAGAAGCUUGAUUUUGAAACCAUAGGAAUUCCCUUUGGUUCCAAUUUCAAGAGAUGCAAAGUUUUAAUAACUGAACGGCAUAAAGAUAUUUGCG